AGUUCAAGGUCAAAUUUGAAAACGGUAACUCAUCACCGGUGGAUAAAAAAGUGUUAUGUGUCUGAUUUGACAAAUUUCACACUGAAUUUGCUUCAAAAGUGUCUUAACAAAAUGAAUAGCAAUUUGGGACAAAACUUAAAUAGAAAUUUUGAGGAAUAUUCGUUACCUCCCCCUCCAUUAAGAGCUAUUGGUUUUCCUUUAACACUUCAAAGCUCCUAUUCAAACUUCUGUGGAGGGGCCGAUCCUACUACAUUUGGUCACAGUAUCCUUACAGAUGUAAUAACAUCUCCACAGGAAACUUAUAGACUUGAUAAUUUGACUUAUCCUACUUUGGAUUUUCAAGCAAAUGCCAGUAAUAUUAUUCCGAAAUUGGGCAAUUCAUCUUUAUCUACAUUUGAAAUAGAUACUCAUAACAACUUUCCAGUAAAUGGGACAUACUUGACGAAUCAAUAUAUAGAAAAUGAUGUUACGGGUAGAAACGUUGCAAGGAAUCUUUUGGGAGGAGCGCAAGUACCUUUUCCAAUGUUAUUGGCGAAUGUAUUAAACAAGCAUGGACUCCAUAAUUGUUCCCAAGCUCCAUUUGAUUAUUCCGCAAAACCUAACAACUGUAACAAUAAUAAUAAUUUCGAAAGCAAUAACAACUGUACCCUGGAUUUAACUUCACCUACUUACGGUGGUAGAUCAAAUGAUAAUAUAAACAAUACUCAUCACAAUCAUCCGAUAUCCACAGGAAUGAGGAAUUAUAGAUACCAACCCAGACGAAGAUCCGAAACUUAUCGAAAUGGGGAUUGGAUUUGUCCCGAUCCGUCUUGCGCUAAUAAUAAUUUCUCUUGGAGACUACUCUGUAACUUUUGUAAAUUACCAAGACCUGGAAUGAUGAACUAUCAAGGUGAUAACUUAAGUAGACGUAUCGAUGAAAGAGGAUACAAAGGAUCUCAACAUCAAAAUCACGAAUACGAUAGAAAUUAUUAUCAGCAAUAUCGAGCUUUCUCUCACCAUAGAAACUUUAAUCAUAGCAGACCAUGUUGGCAUUUCGCAAUUCUAUUAGACUCUAUUGGGCAUCGCAUCGCUUGUUUCUCGGAAACAGUAUUGCAUUUUCUAACUGGGGAUAGGCUAUUAAGAGAAUAUGGCUCUAAGGCACCUAAAAAGAAGGAUAAAAAGGAUAAAAAAGGGAAGAAACUAGUACAUUUGUCUGAUGAAGAACUUAAUCAGUUGCUAGAUCCUGAUAGAUUUCAUUCAAGUCUUGAUGCAGUUGUUAAGAAAAUGCAGUCAGACUUCAAUGAACAGCUUUCGUUAAGAACCAAUACAGGUGCGCUUGAAAGACUGGAUAUUUCGACUCCAGACGGUAAUUAUCCGUUGAUGCAAUUGGGUCAAAUAACUCAAAAAAAUGCAAAUUUGGUUGUUAUUAAUAUGUUAGCUACUCCUCAGUAUAUUGGUAAUGUUAAAAAAGCUAUAAUGGAAUCUGGCCUUAAUCUUAACCCACAACAGGACGGAACUACUCUAUUUGUUCCAAUUCCCAAAAUAACCAGAGAGCAUAGAGAAAUGCUAGCGAAAAAUUCGAAAAAUUUAUGCAAUAAGUAUAAAGAAAAGAUCAGAGACGUUCAGAAUAGAUAUGUUAAAGAAGUAAAUAAGAAGAAAGAUGGUACUUCUAAAGAUCUUUUACGCAAUGUCAAUGAUUGGGUGCUUAACGAAUCCAAGCAGUAUGUAACAAAGUUAGAAGAAUUAACAAACGCAAAGCAACGGGAAUUAAUUGGUGAUAAAUAA